AUGGAUAGUCCCUUGAUGGGCAUCACAAUCAGGAAUACAGGUGAAGACGCAUGGAUGAUUGAAAAUAUACAUGUGAAAAAUCUUUGUACGAAGCAAGUGUUUGAGAUGAACUGUGACCCUAACAUGUGUAUGGUAGACAGACCGUAUGCACCCCAAAUAUUCUUACUAGCAUCACAGUAUGCAACGCGAUACAAUAGCCCCGGGGCCCAAGAGGACCUUGCCAAGAUAGAUACUAUAUCUAGUAAUCGAAACUCAACUAUGUGUAAUUAUCGAGUAUAUGCACUAACGGGAAAAGACGGCGAGACAACUAACCCUUUGGAAAUUCGAUUUCACACUGCAUGUGCAGUUUCACAAUGGUACAGCAUUAAGGAUUCUGGACACGGCCAUCAGAAAAAUAAUUACUAUUGGAACAAAUAUUUUCUGCCAGUCAUGGAUAGUCCCUUGGUGGGCGUCACAGUCAAGGUCGCAGGUGAAGACGGAUGGAUGAUUGAAAAUAUACAUGUGGAAAAUCUGUGUACGAAGCGAGUGUUUGACAUGAACUGUCAGCCUAAUCUGUGUAUUGUAGACAGACCUCAUGUACCCGAAUUAUUCAUACCAGUAGCCUAAUCACAUUGAACCACAGUCGCAUAAAAUAAGGUUUAUGAGAAAUAUGGAGACUGCAAAUGAAGGAGAAUCGAUCAAGUUGGAUUAUUUCAUGGGACUGUGAGUUUGACUGACUUGGGAAACGCAUAAUGAAAACAUAUUUUGGACUUAAAAUUACACUUGAAUAAAGAAUUUUAGACAGCAU